CUUGAGGGGAGCCCUCUCCCUCACCCUAAGAAAUUCCGUCUCGAUUCGGUUGAAUUCGGGCGAUUUUGAUCCGUCUAACGUCUCCAAUCUGAAUUCCCGAGCUAAGAUGCGCCGGCAGGCGGAGGCGUAGUCGGAAAAGAGGUGGAUUUCUGGAACUCGAUUUUGUGUGUAGUGAUAUGAACAUUUACGGAGAUCGAGCGGCAGGAGGGUCUGCCAAGGGUGGGGAGAUGCUGGAUCGGAAGCGGAUUAAUGAUGCCUUGGGCAAGCAAUUGGAGAAGUCUGCCACUCCCACCUCAAGAAGCAAGGGCGGCGCCGCCACCGGCGCCUUACCUUCCACCUCUGCGUCCACCGGAAAACAUGUUGAUGCUCGGGACAAGCUAUCCGAAGGGGAGUCUGAGACGGACAGCGAAGAGUCUGACGUCAGUGGUUCUGAUGGCGAAGAUACAUCUUGGAUUUCAUGGUUCUGCAACUUGAGAGGAAACGAGUUCUUCUGCGAAGUUGAUGAUGAGUAUAUUCAAGAUGAUUUUAAUCUAUGCGGUUUGAGUAACCAAGUCCCGUACUACGAUUAUGCUCUGGACCUAAUUCUUGAUGUAGAAUCAUCUCAUGGUGAUUCGUUUACUGAAGAACAGAACGAAUUGGUCGAAUCUGCCGCGGAAAUGCUCUAUGGGCUCAUACACGUUCGAUACAUCUUAAGUAGCAAAGGAAUGGCUGCAAUGUUGGAGAAGUACAAAAGCUAUGAUUUCGGAAGAUGCCCCAGAGUUUACUGCUGCGGACAGCCUUGUCUUCCCCUUGGACAAUCCGACAUCCCACGCUCAAGUACCAUAAAGAUCUACUGUCCUAAAUGCGAAGAUGUAUACUACCCUCGAUCCAAGUACCAAGGCAAUAUCGACGGCGCGUAUUUUGGGACCACAUUCCCUCAUCUAUUCUUGAUGACCUACGGGCAGUUCAAGCCUCAGAAGCCUACGCAGAGCUACAUACCCCGAGUGUUCGGCUUCAAGAUGCACAAGCCUUGAAAUGGAUCGCCUUUUAAAAUCCCGACACUUGGAAAAGAAUGAAUUUGUGCUAUGUUAGUCCGAUGAAACAGUUGCAAACAUUGACACGCCGGAACAUCAGAUAGGCGGUGAAGAGCGAUUUGUGUUUAGAUUCGGACACAUCAUGUGUAAGUUUAUUUCUCUCUUAUUCGAUUCGUCGUCUGUGGCAAAAUAUGUGUUUUUUUUUUUUUUUUUUCUUUUGCAAUCUCCUUCCCUAACUAGACUUACCUUGUCUGAGUUCUUUGUUAUAUACAUAUAUAUACAUAUAUAUAUUGCUGAACAAGAAGAAGAAGAUGUUGAGCAAUCAUAAACUAAGUUGAGUUCAU